AUGCAGCUGCUGGUACCGAGCGAGACGGCGGCGCAGCUGCGGUGCGUAGCGCGGCAAGAUCUGCCGGAUGCGCUGCGCAGUGCACUGGCGGAAGCACUCGGCACGGCGCGCAUACACGGUGCAAGUGCCGCUGAUCCUGCCGUUGCUGAGCAGGCGCCGAGCAUCAUUUCGCAUACAACGCUGUGCAGCGUCGCGGCGUGGGCGCGCACGCAAGGAAUGCAAGCAUGUACUCUCGCGCAGCUGGUCCGAAAUGCGCAAGUGUAUAUAGAAUCCCCGCGCGUCUACCAGCGGCCGAAAUCGCUCGACGAGCAGCUCGCCAAGAUUGCGCGCGCAAACGAAGCGGCCGAGUAUGCGCGCAUGGUCGCUCCCCGUGAAGAGCCGUACACGGUCCGUGGCGCUCUUGUGCCUGCCGACGAGCGCGCGGCGUGGCGCCAGACGCGCAGUCAUGUAAGUGCGAUCCUCAACAUUGCUCUGAGCAUGGGCGCGGUUGCGACGGCGGUGUGGUGGGGCGCUGGGAGUCGAUCGCCCAUUUGGUCGCCCUUGCGCUCGCAGCGCUGA